AGCUUGGCACAAUUAAAACAAAAAAAAAAAUAGAAAUUUGAGGAAAGUUGUCAUCAAUCUCAGAAAACGCUCUGAGAAGUGAGGACUAUCGAUGGAGCUGUCUCUUUGGCUACUCUGAAAGCACUCCUUGGCUCUCCACAUUCAUCCUCGUCGUUCUCCAUUGCCCUCAGACCAGUUCAUGAUGGAAACAGAGUUUCGAAUGCUUCCAAUUAUAUCUGUUGGUACUAUGGAAGAUGUAGUUUUUAUAUUUGCUUCCCUGGAUUCACAGAGACCGGAAUAGUCAAAUCAAUGCAUUUGAGGAGUUGAGUUCACAAUCCCUAUGGCGGACCAUACUUUUGUUGUUGGUCAAGAGUUUCCCGAUGUUAAGGCCUUCCGGAAUGCAAUAAAAGAAGCUGCAAUUGCACAGCAUUUUGAGCUUCGAAUUAUCAAAAGUGAUUUGGUUCGUUACCUUGCGAAAUGUGCAACAGAGGGAUGUCCAUGGCGAAUUCGUGCUGUGAAGCUUUCCAAUGCCCCAACUUUUACAAUAAGAAGCCUCGAAGGUACACAUACUUGUGGUAGAAAUGCACACAAUGGGCAUCAUCAAGCUUCUGUUGAUUGGAUUGUGAGUUUCAUAGAGGAGCGUUUAAGGGAUGACAUUAAUUAUAAACCAAAGGAUAUAUUGCAUGACAUACAAAAACAGUAUGGAAUCACAAUACCAUACAAACAAGCUUGGCGUGCAAAGGAACGGGGACUUGCUGCAAUUUAUGGGUCUUCUGAAGAAGGUUAUUGCCUGCUUCCUUCAUACUGUGAGCAAAUAAAGAAAUCCAAUCCUGGCAGUGUUGCAGAGGUUUUCACCACUGGUGUAGAUAACCGUUUCCAGCGGCUCUUUGUUUCAUUUUAUGCGUCCAUUUGUGGAUUCCUGAAUGGUUGCUUGCCUGUCAUUGGACUUGGUGGAAUCCAGCUUAAAAGCAAGUACCUUGGCACCAUGCUUUCGGCAACUUCUUUUGAUGCUGAUGGAGGGUUAUUUCCACUUGCAUUUGGUGUUGUUGAUGAAGAAAAUGACGAGAGCUGGAUGUGGUUCUUAUCAGAGUUGCAUAAGGCACUUGAGAUGAACACACAGAAUUUACCGCGGCUUACAUUUUUAUCUGAUGGACAAAAGGGCAAUGUUGAUGCAAUAAGAAGAAACUUUCCGAACUCUUUUCAUGCGUAUUGUAUGCGCUACUUGAGUGAAAGCAUUGGCAAAGAGUUCAAGAACUCAAGGCUGGUCCAUCUUUUGUGGAGAGCUGCAUAUUCCACCACUACUAGUGGUUUCAAAGAAAAAAUAGCUGAGAUCGAAGAGGCUUCUUCUGAAGCUGCAAAGUGGCUACAGCAAUUUGAUCCUUCUCGAUGGGCAUUGGUCUAUUCUGAAGGAACACGCUAUGGUCAUCUCUCAUCGAAUAUUGAGGAGUUUAAUAGAUGGAUACUUGAAGCUCGUGAAUUGCCCAUAGUCCAGGUGAUUGAGCGGAUCCACAGUAAAUUAAUGGCUGAGUUUGAAGAACGCCGUGUGAAGAGUACUUCAUGGUUUUCUGUACUUGCCCCGUCUGCUGAAAAGCGAAUGAUCGAAUCCAUGAGCCGCACAUCGACUUACCAAGUUCUUCGAUCUGAUGAAGUUGAAUUUGAAGUCCUUUUAGCUGAGCGAUCAGACAUUGUGAACAUUGGUACACAUAGUUGUUCCUGUCGAGAUUGGCAGCUUCAUGGAAUACCGUGUUCCCAUGCAAUUGCAGCCAUCAUCUCAUCUCGCAAAGAUGUAUAUACCUUCACAGAGAAGUGCUUUACAACUGCUAGUUACCGUGAGAGUUAUGCUGAAGAAAUAUACCCUAUUCCUGCAAAACUUAAAUGGAGAAAGACAGAUGAGGCUGCUGCAGAUGAAGAUGAUGAUGCUCGAGUUGUACGACCGCCAAAGUUUCGCCGACCACCAGGGCGCCCUGAAAAGAAACGAAUUUGUGUAGAGGAACCCGAUCGUGAGAAACACACAGUACAUUGUAGCCGGUGUAACCAAACAGGACAUUACAAGACAACCUGCAAAGCAGAGGUGAUGAAUAGUAUUGAGCAAUUUUAGGUGUGUCAUAAUUUUGUACUAUAUAUAGAGAGAGAAUAGAGCAGAGCUGCUUUGUCUGGAUCAUGUAAAGUAGGAAAUAUCCAGUUGUGUAUCUUAAAUGUAUGCGUCGUUGGAUCUUCGGGGAUUGGAUAAAUGUGAGUCUAAUUGAGUUUUAGAUGUGAGUAGUGUCUUGGCCGCCCCUGUUAGGGUGACUGGAUCAGGAAUAGAGUUGCGGAAGUCCUCUCAAUACAUUAUGUAAUAUAGUCAUAAUAUCAAGUGGCUUGAUGCACAGUAUUGCCAUUUUUUUUAUUAUAAGUUUGAGUAGAGAAUCUACAAAUUAAAAUAGUGUUGUGUUAUUCUCAGCAUAAAAAGACAGCAUUGUAUUGGAUAAAGUUCUAUAUCUUUGUUAGUUUCAA